AUGGGCCUUUUGACACUGCUGCAACGUGCCAGCUUGUCACACCUACUGGCAUUCGGAACGACAGCUUUUAUCGCGUAUUGGAUUUCGGUCUACAUAUACCGCGUCACUCUACAUCCGCUCGCGAAAUUUCCUGGCCCGAAACUUGCAGGCGCGACCUUCUGGUACGAGUCCUACUACGAUCUAUUUCCUCACAAGCUGCGUUUCCUCUGGAAAAUCGAGGACCUGCACAAUCAGUACGGACCAAUCGUACGAAUCAAUCCACUCCACAUCCACAUCCGAGACCCGGAGUAUCUUGACGACAUCUACGCCAGCGGACGCCGCAAGCGCAAUCGUGAUGAGUGGUUUUUCGUUCCUCCAAGACUAGUCCGAUGGGAUGAUCGAAUUGCGGAAGCCCGCAAGACCGGAGAAAACGUGAACUUGCUCUUUGCCGCAGGUGCUCUGACUAUGGAUGUCAUCUCUGCUUAUGCAUUUGGAAAAGAUUGGAACAAGUUGGGUGAGCCCGACUGGGCCGAGGAGGAGCUUGAGGGCUAUGCCAAGAUGGCGCAGAUGGGACCUUUUGCUCGUCAAUUCCCAUGGGUAGCGAAAGCGGUCAUUAUGUUGCUUCCACCUAAGUUGGUGACGAAGCUCAGUCCAGCUGCUGCCCUUGUACCACGGAACAGAGCCCUGUUCAAGGACAUGAUACAGACUGCAGUCGAAGAGGAACAGAACGGUCAGCUUGACAAAUCUGCAUCCCGGUCUAUAUUCCAGGAUAUUCUUCAGAGCAACCUACCGCCCAGUGACAAAACCCCUGCUCGCCUUUCGGCGGAGGCGGGCUUGCUUGUCAUGGCGGGAACUGAAACGACGGCGAGAUCAUUAGCCGUGAUUCUGUUCCUGCUUCUUGACACCCCACAUGUCUUGGAUCGAGUGAGGAAGGAGCUGGCGCAGCAUAUGCCUCGGCCUGAUUCGCGCAUUUCACUUGCUGAGCUAGAAGCCAUUCCGUAUUUCUCUGCUAUGAUAACCGAAGGCGUGAGGCUGUCUCACGUUGUUUCGAGUCGUAUGCCGCGAUACGCCCCCGAGGAAGAGCUCAAAUACAAGGAUUGGACGAUUCCAGCUGGCACAAGUGUCAUGCAAUCACACUACCUCCUUCAUACUGAUCCCACAAUCUUCCCAGAACCAUAUACAUUCGAACCACAACGGUGGAUUGACAACCCUUCGUUAAGGGCAAACUACUUCUUGGGUUUCGGCCGGGGUACCAGAGUGUGUCUCGGUAUCAAUCUUGCUAACGCAGAGUUGUAUCUCACAGUCGCCUAUAUCUGUGCCCGCUUCGACAUGGAGCUAUUUGAGACUGAAAGGGGGCGUGAUGUAGAUGUGGUCAUGGAUUCUGUUAUUGGACAACCUAGUCUGGAGAGCAAGGGGAUAGGGUCAAGAUCACAAGAGACAGACUCAAGGACGAGCAAGCUUAGAGGGUGUUGGAUCGUCCAAGGCUUUGACGAUCGAUAUCAUUGA